GAUAGUAAUCUCCCUUAUGCGUAGGGCCUUUUCUUGUUUAUCAUCUAACCAUGUUUGCAACCAGUACCCAAAGGAAAUUUUGGACAUUUACAGGCGAAACAGAACUCACACAGUUGAGAAAAGAGGCAAACCAAAAGUAUAUUCAAACUCAUGGAGAAAAUAUGUCGGAUGAAGAGAUUGCAGCAUUUUUUUUAACUCCAGCUGAAGAGAGGCUGUUGGUCAGACAAUAUGAGUUUGUUCUCAGAGAGUUCUGCAACAAAUUCCAGCCUCCGUUCCCAAAGUACAUUUUGGGCACUUCUCUUAUGUAUUUCAAGAGGUUUUGGGUUAACAAUUCUGUAAUGGACUACCACCCAAAAGAUAUAAUGUUAACUUGUGUGUACCUGGCAUGCAAAGUAGAAGAGUUUUAUGUGGCAAUUGGACAGUUUGUUAGCAAUUUGAAAGGAAAUCGAGAGAAGUUUGCAGACACCAUACUUGCAUUUGAGUUGUUGCUAAUGUCCAAGCUACAGUACCAUCUGACGAUUCAUCAUCCUUACCGACCACUAGAAGGGCUGCUAAUAGAUAUAAAGACACGCUUCCCAGACCUUGAUAAUCCUGAACGGCUUCGCAAGGGUGCAGAGGAAUAUAUAGAGAGGUGUCUUCUAUCUGAUGUAGUACUUAUUUUUUCUCCUUCCCAGAUUGCUCUAGCUUCUAUCAUGUACAGUGCUGGAAGAGAAUCCAUCAAUAUGGACAGAUAUAUGACAGAGAUUCUAAUGGCAGGUUGCCCUGAAGAUGAAGUGCAGAAAUGUAUCUACCAACUUAGGCGAAUAAAGCACAUGGUUAAAUCCACAGAGCCUAUACCUAGAGAACAGGCUCACUUAACACAGAAGAAAAUGGAGAAGUGCCGAAACCAAGAGAAUAACCCUGACAGUGAAAUAUACAGAGCCCGAAUGGCAGAAAUGUUUGAAGACGAAGAAGAAACUAGGAAUCGAAAACGAGCCCGAAAAGAGCAGGAAACACAGAAGACAGAAGAAGAUAUUGUGUUGUGAUAAAAUAAAGUCUGCUGAACUGUGGUACAUAGGGAGUUGUGCCUGGUGACACAGUAGUGACAUGACACUCACACUUACAACUGAUAUUUAGAAGAAUAGUUGUAAACCACGUGUUGGAUUCUUGGAUACCUCUUUCUGGUGCUUUCACUUCAGUGUUUUUCUUGUUAUUGUAGACUUCCAUUCUGUGGAGAAAUAGAAGCACAGGAAAUGUUAGUCUAAAAAGGGCUUGCAGUGAUACUGGAAACAGUA